CUUAAAUGUAUAUGGCUCAGCUAUUAGGUGGGUACACUACAUGUUGAUUUCUGUUUCGGAAACGGAAAGUUCCAAUCGAUGGCAGCUAUAUUUAGUCAGCUAGACGGAAGAUUGCAAACAGUCUCGUAUUUAAAGACUCUUCAUAAGCGUGUGGCGCAGUGGCAUUGAAAGAAAUUGUUAAUAUUCGGAGCAGAACAACGGUUCUGAUAAUGUUUAAACUGCCUGCGAUACGGUACUCGCGAGGGAUAAAAUGUAAACUUUUACAGGCUCUUAGCGACUCAUGCGGCUCAUUUUGUGUCACUAAUGAAGACGAAAUCGAUAACAGAACUAACGGGAAUUUUAUAACAUGGAAAAGGGAACUGCUAUUGCUGGAGAACAGUUGCUAAAUAGCAGACAUAAUUGAAAUAUUGUGCUUCGAAAAAAACCUUAAGGUAACAUGUGUUUAUGAGAACAGUGUCUAGUAAUUAAAUAUGGAAGAAAUAAAAUGAAUAAACAUGUUUCUUUAAAAUGAACUUAAACGAAGUGUGACAAACGUAGGACUUUGUGUCGUAAACUGUUUCUAAUUUGUAACGAGUACUACUUCAAGUCUUAUAGGAGUUAUUAACUCAAACAUUCAAAUAACCGGUGAGUUAAACAUACAAUUGGGCAAACAUGCAUUAUUCGGUUAAUAAUACCAGUUUCAUAUUAAAUGACAACAAUGAAAGUGCGGAAGAAAGUGUCUUUGUAAGCAAUAUAUUGAGUCACCAGUAUUUAGUGUUGGACGUUAUGGUUGUUGUAUUUGCGGUUGUCGGAGUAUCUGGUAAUAUUCCGGUGUUAGUGAUAUUCAACAAACGAACGGACAAAAAGGCGAGCAACACAUUUAUUAAGGUGUUAGCCUUUAUUGAUUUGCUAGUUUGUUUGUGCAUCAUGCCGUAUGCUAUUGUAUAUGAACACCAUCUUGUUUCUUCCGACAUUGCCUGCAGAUCGUUUGAAUUUUUGCGUCACUUCGCUGUGAUGUCAUCUAACUUGACGCUUGUAGCAAUAGCUUUAGAACGUUACAUUGCAGUAUGCAGACUUGCAUCUCGCGUGAGCGUGCGUACAAUCAAAAAAGGUAUAGCUGUGAUAAUGGUUAUUAGCAUUUUAAUGGCUGUUCCGGCAUUAGGAACAUUUGCCGUUGUAAGUAAAAAUGACGUUUUAGACGUUUCUUGCACCUUACCCCAUGAACUGAUAGAAGGGCGAUUUUGUCAUUUUACAUAUUCCUUUCUGGGAAAGGAUUUUGUUACAGUAUAUCAGAUAGCAAUAAUGGUUGGUUUCAUCAUAAUAUUGGUUGCUAUUAUCGUUUUGUAUAUAAUUAUCUAUGUAGUUCUGUGGAAAAAAGCAAAAAUACGAGAGCACUUAACAAAGAGACGGGUCUCUUUGCUUGCUGUUAACAGUAAGGAGACGAAGCGGAAUGAAGCGGAAUCAAUAUUUUCGAAACCCGUAUGUCAUUUUCCAAGAAGGACUUCAAACGGUGUCGCAAAUAACGUUGAAGGCGAUAUGAAUAAUUUUUCGAAUGAUUGUUCCAAUAAACGUAAAAGGCAUUCGCACAACGAACUUCAGCAGUGUUCGAACGCAAUUCUUACGGAGUCCAAAUGUGAGAAUGAUAAUCUAAAAACAUGCAAUGAAGGACUUAUCAAUUCAAUCAACCAUCAAUUCGAAAUGCAAGGUCAAGAAUCAGAGACUGAAAUACUUAAUCAAAAUGUAACAUUCGAAGGCAACAUGGAUCGAAAACCAUUAGGUGAAGGACUGGACCAAAACAAUUCACCAAAAGGGUCGAUUGCGCCAUCAUUGCCUGCAAAACAAAACAAACGGUCACUGUCGUUUUGCAGCAAUGAUAAAUCGAAGAGGAAACGGUACAAUCAUCAACGUACGGCGAGGAUGUUGUUUUUGUGUACUGUGAUUUAUUUUGUAACAUGGGUACCGUUUUGGUUAGAUAUCUUUGGGUUGACGCAUUCCAUCAUUUUGAGACAUGUGUACUUAAUUUCUCAUGCUACGAACCCUAUAGUAUAUGGUAUCGUAAAUCGAAAAGUUAGAAAGUCUAUUAAACUCCUAUUUAUCGGCUUGAUUAAGUUUUUUUGCCUCAAAAAUGUCAACCGUGCAACAAGCGAUACGUCGUUGAAUAUGUCAAUUUCGGGGAGUGAUGCAGGAUAAACUAUACAACACUUGUUCCAAUUGUUCUUUCAUGAUACUUACAAAACUAAAAAUAUAUUCUUAAUUAAAGAAUACCAUAAGGCAGAUAGUUCCCUAAGUGGCUUAUAUAACUUGAAUAUAAUUUAAGUACAUUAAGGACUUUCCUAUGCGGAUUAAUACAGUAUUGCAUAACGAACUUAAAAAAAUACAUUUUUAUUCGUUUUUUUUUAUUUGCUAAUUUGAUUAAAAGAUCUGUAUCAAUUUGUGAACAUUAAGUAGAAUCUAGAUAUGUUUUAUUAUUUUGUUUGUGUUCGGUUGCUAAUUUAUUAAAAUGAUUAUAAUCGUCGUAUCUUUACACCUUGUAAUUUGUAUAAUAUCUCAAUUAACUUUAUAUAGCUGGUUGAAGUCUCAAAUUUCCAUUGUUUGAAUUGCGAUAUUAAGGGUAAACACUUCUAUUAAGACAAUUCUGUUAAUACUGUCGACAAAUGUCGUAAAUUACAGACCAAGAUAUUUCUAUUAUGUAGAGCUUAAAGGGAUCUUUUCACGCUUUGGUAAAUUGACAAAAUUGAAAAAAGUUGUUUCAGAUUCGCAAAUUUUCGUUUUAGUUGUGAUAUUUGUGAGGAAACAGUAAUACUGAACAUUUACCAUGGUCUAAUAUAGCCAUUAUAUGCAUCUUUUGACGAUUUUAAAACCUAAAAUUUAUAAAGCGUUGCAACGCGAAACGAUUGAAUAAUUUGGAGAGUUCUGUUUUUGUCGUUAAAUUUUGUGAAACUAUGAAGAUUGCUUAUAUAAGGUAUAAAAUAUAUCAAAUUGUUUAAUCGUCGGAAUAGCGCAGUAGGCUAAAUCGUUUUUACUGCAGGACUCUGGCAGGACUCCAGGGGUCACUGGUUCGAAACCUGGUUCGGGCAAUGUUCUUUUCCUUUUUUAAAUUUUAUUCUUGAUUUUUUACUGGAGCUUUUACGAUCCAAUGUUUACAUUUAUCGAUAUAACGCAUUUAAUGAAUAAGUUAAAAAAUGCCAAAAUCUGUGAAAAGGCCCCUUUAAUAAUAAUAAUGUUGAUUAUUGACUAAGACUAUGUUAUGGUUACAAGCAGAUCUUUUUGGUAUCUAAAAAUGUGCAAGUAGUAUUAUAGCAAAUGCAACAACUAAUAACUAGGCGAAAACGUUACAGCUGUCGUUAAAUUGCUCACUGCAAUGGUGAUAUCUUUGAAGAAUAUUCAAUAAAAAAACAUAAACAUGCUCGUAUUUACGUGUUUACGCGCUUAACUAUGGUUGCAUAAACCUACUAAACUCUUUCACUGCUUGAUUGUAAACGCGUUCUAAAUUACUGGACGUUUAACAGACAUACGGUUUAGCGUGCACAUUGUUUAUAUAGCGAUUAAGACAUUUAGAUAAUGUGCUAUUUGACAACAGUUGAACGGGCGUCCUGCUUUAUCUAAUCAAUUGUCAAAUGCCGACUGCUAAAUGGAGAUAUAAUUAAUUGUGUAAUAAGUUGCAAUAUUUUUUAAUAAACGUCUAUAGGAUGUAGGUCACUCAAAGCGGAUUAAGCUUAAGAUAUUAAAUAGAAUAUUGUUCGAAAUGCAUUCAAUUUUUUUCGCAAUUCAUUCAAUAUUGUUCGAAAUUAUUGUAACCAUAUUCUAAAUAAAUUGUGGGAGAGUCACA